CGCGGACGAUCUUCGCCACCAAGGCAGCAGUCACGCGCGCCGGCACCAAGAGCAGCUUCCGAAGAUCCGGCUCUGAAACGAUAGAUUGAAGAACUCUCUGCAUCACUGGCAAUUAUGAAGGAGGGGUUCAAUGCUGUUAAGUUUGAGAGGGAGGAGAAGAAAAAAAAGAAAAUGGAGAGACAGGAACGUCUGAAGAGAGAGGAGGAAGAACGGCAAGCUGCGGAGGAAGCUCGCCAAGCGGGUAUUCGACGAGCAAAGAAGAAGGAGGAGAAACUCCGAAAGAAGGAGGAGAAUCGGGAGAAAAUGCGGAAGGAGAUGUUAAUGGAAAUUUCCCUCCAUGUGGGCAGGCUAGAUGAGUCGAUGCAGCGCCGCUAUGAGCGUGAGACCAAGACACGGGAGAUGGGGAAGCAAAAAGAAGUUGAACCAUCAUCAAAGGAGGAUUAUGCGGAAUCGGACGAUAGUGACGUCGACGCGCUUAGCCGGCACACGGAACGGCUUGUCAUCUCCGAGAAACGCAAGAGGAGGAGAAGAAAGAUUCCCGCUGCACCGGGAUCGGUGGGUAAGUUGAAAUUUGUGACGGAUAACCUCAGGCAACUGGGAAACAUGACGGUGGACGAGCUGAAAAGUAUCUGCUUAUUGGAAGAUGUGAUCUAUGACGGGAAGAAGAUGCAAGUCAUCCUGGCGAUAACCGAGAAGCGGACGCUGAUGGCGUAUGGGGACUUGGAGGAGACAACAACUAGCGUUGGUGCUGAAGUCGACCCGGGGGAUGAUAACAAGGAUGAUGAGAAGGAUGCCGAAAGCGGCGCGUGAACGCCUAGUAAGCUGUGGGUCCUGUGAGGGCAUCUGAUAGAAUCGUGUCGUCAGGAUAUGUACGAUUAGAACG